GGAUACUAUAAUAAAUAAGGGUUAAAAAACCUUUAUGUAACUUGGUAGGUAAGCUUCUUUGCCAUACAAAGGUUUGCGAAACGAACCCUAGGGUUUGGGAGGGUGACAAGUGACGGAAGAAACUUCGGUUUCUACACGUUGGAAUUGGAGUUGGUUCGGGUUCGAUGGAAGAAUUUGGUUCUUGGCCUCAUGUAUGCGAGUUACCGGAUUAUGAGAGACACCACCUAAAGUGCUGCUUUGAAGAGGAAUUAAGAGAAUUGAAGCCCUAUGUAGAGCGCGAGAUCCAUGAGUCGCCGGUGGCCAAGGUUAUUCAAGUGUGUCUUGUUGUACUCGAGAUAGCUGCACUAUUUACAGGCAUUUGGGAGCUGCUUGUGUGGAAAUAUUUUGAACAACUGGGCAGUAAUUGCCCAAUUUUUCGGAAGCAACUGGCAUAUGCAUUUACUAAGUUUAUAUUGCGUACUUAUGAUAAGGGAAUAAGUCUUGUCAAAAGUAUUGCUCAAAGGAACUGGGAUCUAAAAAAUUAUAAGUUUCUAUCGGAGAUAGAUAUUAUUUUUAUAUUUAAGAUUUGCUUCUUAACCUUCUGCAAUGACAAGAUUUAUUGUUUUGAUUCAGUGACGCCUCUGGUGCCGAAUGUUUAUGUACAUGCAGUGAAGACAUCCAGAGUUGAUGACAUGCUUAUGGCAAAGAAUGCUUUGCGGGAUUGCACCCCAUUGGAGGGGAAGACAAAUGUCAUCUAAACAAGGGACUUUUAAGUUGGGAACGUAGUAAUGUUCAAAACUUCUUGAUCUGUGAAUUGUUGAAAGAUACAAGGAUUCUAGAGUUGAAAGAAUCUGUUCCAACCCCUGACCCUAUAGAGGUUAUCGGUAGUAUUCUCGAUGAUGUUGUUUCUUGUUAAUUUGUAUCAUGUUGUGUGGGGCAGACGUGAACAGGUAUACCAUGUGCACUGAUACUUGGUGUAUUUUUUCAGUAUUGUGGAGGGCAUGUUUUUCUUGGAAGAUUUAAAAUGAAGUUUGGAUCCUGGGAUUUAUUUAUUUAUGAUGCAUGUGUUCUGGUUUAACGUGUUCUUGCUCUUUAGUUUGAAUUGGUUUUAUAUGUGCUUAUUGAGGUAUGUUCAUUGACUGUUUAGAUAAUUUACUUAUAACAGCUCCUCAUUUAUGAUGGUUUGAUCUUUUUCUCAAUUUCUCAUUAACCACUUGUCAUCACAAUGUUCCAUUUUUAUAUAUUUAUUUGGCUCCUUCAAUGAAUUCUUUUUUUAAUGAAAAUAAAUGAUGUGCCUCUGAGCACAAUUAAGUGUGAAGAGUAUCAAAUUUGCACUGCAUGGUUGUAGUUGCAUGUUGUGCUGUAAAAUGUAGCUGUAACCAAUUCCUGUUUUUUAAAUGAUGUUUUCUUUUCUGUUCUACCCUUUUUUUUUUUUUUUUUUUUUUUUUUUUUUGUUUAUCAUUCUUGGAUUUCAUUUGCACUUCAUGUACAGUAAGUACAAAUCAAAGGUGAUAUGAGGA